UCUUUUUCCACCAUAAAGCUGCAGGCAGGCCCCGAUCAAUCGCUGCCAGUCAGCGUGAUUUGGAUUUCAAUUCUUCUCCGUCGGGAAUUAUCCCCCCUCAGAUACAGGAUUGGCCCGAGGCUUUUAUCCUGUACCCGUGCGCCUCAUAUUCUGUUUGCGGUACAAUUGCGUACCUCCGAUCUCCGACCGGCAUCGAGGUCGCAUUGUGAAUUGACGGAUUGGGCAUAUGCGACAGCCCUGCGAGAUCGCAAUGCCAGUUCGCCGAUCGAUCUGAGCUUAAUUCUUUCUUUCCUUCACCAGAACGCGCGACUCUGGCCUGAAAAGCCGAUCGACUUCCACAUCUCCUGAUUGCCCUCCGAGCUUGCGCUUGCGCUUGCGCAUAUAACUUGACACGUACCUGAAAGGCGUGGUAAUCUUGUCUCACCAGUGCGCGUGGCCGCCGCAACAUUGUCUCGGGGCAUUCCAAGCGAUUGCGCCUCCGUCGCUGCCCGCCGCCCAACAUGCCAAAGUUCCGCAAGUCCUUUCUCGCCGCUAUCUGCCUCAUCGCCUUCAUCUUUCUCAUCCGCUCGAGCCGACCCUCCGAAGUCCCCGGCGCACCUGGGUACAAACCUGUACAGGGGAUAUUUAACGAGGAACAAGAUAGGCUGUUGCAUCCGAAGAAGAAGACGAAAGCUAGGGAGCAACAAAUCCUCUCAUACGGGACUGCGCCACUACGCGAUCGCCUGCGAUACCAAUUUCCCUACGACCUCCGAAGCAGAUUCCCUGCGUAUAUUUGGCAAACAUGGAAAUAUGCUCCAUCUUCGAUAUGGUUUGGUGACAGCCUUCGUGCGGCCGAGGCCAGCUGGACAGAACUACAUCCGGGAUUCACACAUGAAGUGAUUUCGGAUGAUACGCAAAAGCAUCUGAUCCAGUACUUGUACGGAUCGCUCCCGGAUGUCUUUGAAGCCUACGAUGCCCUGCCACUCGCAGUCAUGAAGGCUGAUUUCUUCCGGUAUCUGGUUCUGCUCGCAAGGGGCGGAAUUUACAGUGACAUCGACACCCUUGCCCUCAAGCCAGCCCCGUACUGGCUGCCUGACGAAAUUGACCGAUCCAAGGUGGGCUUUAUUGUUGGCAUCGAGGCCGACCCAGACCGUCCCGACUGGCACGAAUGGUAUUCGCGCCGCAUCCAAUUCUGCCAGUGGACUAUUGUCUCGAAACCGGGCCACCCGAUCCUGCGCGACAUGGUUGCAUACAUCACGGAAGAGGCGCUCCGCAUGAAAAGGGCUGGCAUCCUCAAGGUGGGCAAAAUGGAUAAGACCGUGAUGGAGUUUACGGGACCGGGUGCUUGGACGGAUGCGAUUUUCCGCUACUUCAAUAACCCGGAUUACUUCCAUAUCUUGCCUGGGGAGAAAAAUGUAACGCACGAAGACUUUAGUGGGCAAACUACUCAUCGGAAGAUGGGAGAUGCAGUGGUUUUGCCAAUUACUAGCUUCAGCCCGGGUGUUGGGCAGAUGGGUGCCGAGGAUACCGACCACCCCAUGGCCUUUGUGAAGCAUAACUUUGACGGCUCUUGGAAGACGGAUCCUUCCCUAUGAAACAACUCGAACCUCGCAAUUUCCUUCACAUCUGAACCCGAGACUUCGCACAACCCGCGGUCUUGAGUUGCAUUUUGCCUAUGCACGAAAAACAAGGCACAAAUUUCUCCUCUGGAAUCCACCGAAGGGAGCGAGAUCAUUCCUCAUCGACUCCCUUUAGCUGGGCACCUGUCCUCAGCUCAUGGUCCUCCCCGCCAUGCGCACCGCCAUGCUGAUCGACGCCCACACCACACUCCGGUUCCUGGUUCCUGGAUGUCUUCGGCUUUCAAUACCCCCUGACUGGGUACUCCCUUGACCCAAUGUCUGUCCGAAAAGGUCCGAGCUCUGGAAUACGGUCAUGAAACCUCUAUCGGCAACCCAUGGUUCACGAAACCCAGUAAAUACGAUUCCCAUAAUUCCCUUCUUGUGAUAUACACCUUUUUUCACCUGCAACUAUUAGAUGAUAGCAGCGCUAGCUUAUUAGAAUGAUAGACGGGGC